AGAGUGAGACACCUUCGGUGGCGCAGGCGCGCCGUGGGCUGAUGCGAUGGCGCUGCCGGGAGCCGUGAACCGGUAUCUUCUGCUCAUGGCACAGGAGCACCUGGAGUUCCGCCUGCCGGAAAUAAAGUCUCUGCUUUCACUUUUUGGAGGUCAGUUCACCAGUAGUCAGGAAACUUAUGGAAAGUCUCCUUUUUGGAUUCUUAGCAUCCCCUCUGAAGAUAUUGCCAGAAACUUAAUGAAACGGACAGUGUGUGCCAAGUCUAUAUUUGAACUAUGGGGUCAUGGAAAGUCUCCAGAGGAGCUGUAUAGUUCUUUGAAAAACUACCCUGUGGAUAAGAUGGUUCCAUUUCUGCAUUCAGAUUCUACAUAUAAAAUAAAGAUUCACACAUUUAAUAAAACGUUGACACAAGAAGAAAAAGUCAAACGGAUAGAUGCACUUGAAUUUCUGCCAUUUGAAGGAAAAGUGAAUUUAAAGAAGCCACAACAUAUAUUCUCUAUUUUGGAGGAUUAUGGUUUGGACCCAAACUGCAUCCCUGAGAAUCCACAUAAUAUCUAUUUUGGUAGAUGGAUUGCAGAUGGGCAGAGAGAGCUUAUUGAGUCAUACAGUGUCAAAAAGAGACACUUUAUUGGAAAUACAAGCAUGGAUGCUGGUUUAUCAUUCAUCAUGGCCAACCACGGAAAAGUGAAAGAAAAUGAUAUUGUAUUUGAUCCAUUUGUUGGAACAGGUGGCCUUCUGAUAGCAUCUGCUCAUUUUGGUGCAUAUGUAUAUGGGACAGACAUAGACUACAACACCGUUCAUGGCUUGGGAAAGGCUAGUAGGAAAAACCAGAAAUGGAGAGGACCAGAUGAAAACAUUAGGGCAAAUCUUCGUCAGUAUGGUUUAGAGAAGUAUUACCUUGAUGUCCUGGUUUCAGAUGCAUCUAAACCUUCUUGGAGGAAGGGCACAUAUUUUGAUGCAGUCAUCACUGAUCCUCCAUAUGGUAUUAGAGAGUCUACAAGAAGAACAGGUUCACAGAAGGAAAUACCAAAGGGGAUAGAAAAAUGUCCAGAAAGCCACGUUCCUGUUUCCUUGAGUUAUCAUCUGAGUGAUAUGUUUUUUGACCUGUUAAACUUUGCAGCUGAGACCCUCGUAUUAGGUGGAAGACUAGUCUAUUGGUUACCAGUGUACACACCAGAAUACACUGAAGAGAUGGUACCCUGGCACCCUUGCUUGAAACUCAUCAGCAACUGUGAGCAGAAGCUUUCCAGUCACACAUCAAGGCGCUUGAUAACGAUGGAAAAGGUGAAGGAAUUUGAGAACCGGGACCAGUAUUCACAUCUGCUGAGUGAUCACUUUCUGCCGUACCAAGGUCAUAAUUCCUUCCGUGAGAAAUAUUUCAGUGGGGUAACAAAAAGAAUUGCCAAGGAAGAAAAAUCUAACCAGGAGUGAAAAUUAGGAUUUUGACGAUGGAGAAAGUAUAAGGAUUUGAUAGAAAAGACAUCUGGAUGUGAACUUUCAUGUAUGGUACAGGAAAUGUACUGUUUUAAAUAAUUUUAUAUAACAAAAUAAAUGCUAUAAAGUCAACUGAACAAUUCUUUUAACGUUAGCUUUGUUUUAUAGACUAUUUUGUUGGAUGUGGUCUUUUGAACUUUAUAUUUAUGCUUUCAAGUAUUAUGGAAAUUGAAAACAGUUAUAUUUUUGGUAAUUAAUUUACAAAUGGUGUUGACUUUUUAAACAGAUAUCUGCUGGAUAUGUUAUAGGCAUUAAUAGUGUUUGAGAAUUUAUUCAUUAGGUAGGCUUGUUUAAUUUUGUUUUUGAUUGUAAUUGUUUUACACUGUCACUAAUAAAGCUUACUGAGGAUUCCUAAAAUCGUGUAGUAUAUGGAGGGGAUGUGAUGAAGGAAAUGAAUUUUUAUUUAUAAAUCCCAGACAAGUAAGUAAUCACAAUGAUAAUGGUGAUGAUGAGAAAGGCUAGGACCUGACAACCUAAAAAGAUUCCAAACUCCUUGAGGCCUGUCCACAUCUGAAGCUCGUCUGUACCUUGGAUUUGCUUCUGCAUUCCUAAACCUUGACUGUCGGUCAAGUUAACUACCCACAAUUUUUGGUUUAGAAAGUAACUGAUAGUUAAAAGCAGUAACAACAACACAAAUCCUUGAUGGUUCCCUAAUGGUAUUAAGUCUAAUCAGAGCUCUUUGAAAUAGAAGCUGUAUUUUCUUGAAGGAGAAACUUUGCUGAGUCCACAUUGUGUCCAUCAUGAAAAUAUCUUGUUUGAAAACCACUCUACCCAUUAAUUCAGGAUGCUAAUAGCUUUCCUGCUCUCGGUGAUCAGUGUACCUCAGCAGGACGGCAGUAAACGAAUCCUCUCUCUUUAACCAGAGCCUAUUUUUAUUUAUACUAUUAUUAUUAUUUUAGUGUUACUGCUGGCUUUUAUGGACUCACAACUUGAACGUGCAUAGCUUAGGACCUCCAGAAGACCAGUGCUGCCCAAGCCAAGAGAGAGAGCAGGCCAUCCGCUUAGUUCUGCCUCCUUUUCUUGUCCUGCAGCUCUGAAUUUCAGCAGCAGAUCUCAAACAUUUCAGUGAUUGUUUUGUUUGGGUUUCUGGAUGUGAUUUGUGGUACACUGGGGAAAAUCUAAAAGUAUUCAAGGAUGAUUUAUUUUCAGUAUUUCUGUUGUAAACUGACUUAUUUAAAAUUUUUUGAGGUUAUAUGGGGGGUGAGUUUGAAACUUUGUAGCUGACUAAAUUUGGAAUGAGAUUUUAGCCUUGCCCCAUUUUUUGGUUGUCACAAAAAUUAGUCCAAAUUAGUUCCAAAUUAGAUCUGGAAAAGUUGCAACAUUAAUUUUAGUCACUUUGUUCUUAAAAAUUAUCCAACAUUAAAAAAAAAAUUUCAAAUUAUUUCUUAUUACCAUUAGUGGAGGCCUUCUAAUCUUUAAUUCUUCAUUGUUGUGAGGUUUAUUUUCAUAUAUAUCAAUAAGUUCAGUCUCCCAUUCCUGAAAUGUCACUGGACUCAGAGUGUGCAUUUGUGCAGUUGUUUUAAGGUUGGUACUCAGAAGUGAAAAAGAAACCUGAUCACUUUCAACCGAUUUUGAUUUUAGUGCAGGUAACACGUCCUCUUAUUUUAAAAAGAGAGACUUUAUUUUCUGGCAUCAGGAUCUUACUACUUCUGCAUAAGUUGGAGAAGAUCAUUUCCGGGAUUGCUUUAGUUUUAUGUGUAUUCCUCAUGCACUUACCAGCAGGAAUAUCACCUAGCAAAAUGCCUACAUUUUAGGUAGUCCUGUAGUAUGAAUUUACAGUGUAAUCUGUGAGUGAACCCUAGGUGGUCUGUGGGCUGGCCUAUUUAAUGUUUAUAAUAUGACAGACUAUAAUUUUGUUUCUGGCAUAUAUUAAAACAUCCGUAAAAUACAGACGGUUAUGGAUGUAACUGUCUUAGUGGUGUUUCAUCAUAAGUAACCUCCUUCCCAUCCAUUCUGGUGGAUUUUUUUCUUUUUUUUUUUUUUGCUGUGAUAGCUGGGAAGGAAUAGUGGAAUAGGAGGUCUUUGGGGUAUUUAGCCAAAGUGGCCAACAGAUUAAAAAAAGUUUCAAAUCUACAAAUUUCUAGCCACUUCCUGCCCAAGGUGACCCAGGUCUAGGCCUGUUCGCCACUAACUUCCUUAUGACUAAUUCUUUAAGUACAGAGGUUGAGCAAUGAAACAUUUUCAAACUGUUUAAACUCUGGGAGGUUAAGUCAGUGUUACCAUUAUUUCCUUAUGGCGGAAACUCACUUAAAAUUUGAUAUACCCUACAUAUUUAAGAAGAAUGGUGAUUACAACUAAAGAACUUUAUUUCAAGUUUGGUAGGGAAAAGUAGAGUAUGAGUUAACAUACCAAAUGCAUCGUAGUGAAUGUGUUUACAUUAUUGGAUGAAAAAUGUGCUUUAAAAGUUUGGGACAGAAACAACUUUUAAGGUAAUAUGUUUUAUACUCUUAUAAUUAAACAAUCAGGGAUGACUUUUUUUUUUAACAUCAGGAAAUUAGAUGUUAAGUUUGUGUUAUCUAGAUGCCAAUAUAAGCAAAUCUGACUCUUGAAUCAAAGGCCUUAGUCCUUUUGGGUUAAGAGAACUAACCCAUGCUGGAAAUAUUAUCAAGUAUUGCUAAUCCAAAGAGAUAUGUAAUAAAACAUUAUGUGUUGAAAAUCAAAGGUGACAUUUUUGGGGGGAAAUGAUCUUUCUACACCAUUCUAAUCUCCCUCGUAAAACCACAGUGGAACUAAGCUGAUGUUCAUGGUUCUAAUACUAAAGAAGGCACUGGCCCUGCAUAAAUUCAUUAAUGGAACAUAGGGGUAGAAA